UGCCCAGCCCCCGAGGGCCCCAGCCCAGCAGAGGGAAGGAAGGAUCCGUCCAGCUCCCAGGGGGCUGUGGGGUCUGGAAGGCUGCCUCCCAGGCCCCCAUCUUGCCAUGUGCCCCGAAGGGCUGGGACCUGGGCACCUGUCAGGCCUGGCACAGACUGUCCAGGGUGCCCCUCCUCCCACUUCUGGCCACCACUGCCUCCUAUCCCCACCCCACCCUUCUUCCUUCUCCCAGUCCCACCUCCAGCAGCCUCUCCCAGUGCUCCUCCUCACCUCUGCCCUCCUGGACUGCCCCACUGCCUACCUUGCCUAGUACUCACCUUUUUCCCCUUUAAUGCUGCCCAGCUGGGCGGGGGUGGGCACAGCUGGGCACCAGGCACCCGUGGCCGAGGCUCUGGGCCCUCUCCCACGCUGCCAGUCCUCCAAUAACACCUCCCUCCAAGCCAGGGGGAGGGGGCAGCACCCUGAGGGUUAAGGCUGCAGGGGGGAGGGGCCGGGCAGGUCGUAGGCGGCCCCUUUGAAGGAGGGAGCUGGAGCGGGGGAACAGCCACCUUGCCUCCCCCUGCCUCCUCCCCCACCCCUCUUAGCUGGCUCCCCCCCAGGGGCCUCGGAGAGUUGCCGGCAGGUCCCCUGGAGCUCAGGAGAAGAUGGGGAGCCCUGAGGACGACCUGAUUGGGAUCCCCUUCCCAGACCACAGCAGUGAACUCCUGAGCUGCCUGAACGAGCAGCGGCAGCUGGGCCACCUGUGCGAUCUCACCAUCCGAACACAGGGUUUAGAAUACCGAACGCACCGUGCUGUGCUGGCUGCCUGCAGCCACUACUUCAAGAAGCUCUUCACCGAAGGUGGUGGGGGCAGCGCGGGACCCCCAGUAUCAGGGGCUGGGGCUGGGGUGUGUGAGCUGGACUUUGUUGGGCCUGAAGCGCUAGGCGCCCUGCUGGAGUUUGCCUACACGGCCACACUGACCACCAGCAGCGCCAACAUGCCCGCUGUGCUCCAGGCCGCACGGCUGCUGGAGAUCCCAUGCGUGAUUGCCGCCUGUGUGGAGAUCCUGCAGGGCAGUGGCCUGGAGGCGCCCAAUCCUGACCAGGACGACUGCGAGCGAGCCCGCCAGUACCUGGAAGCCUUUGCCACCACAGCCUCUGCUGCUGCUGCUGCUGCUGCCUCCUCCUCCUCAGGGGUCCCCAAUGGCGAGGACAGCCCCCCACCUGAGCCCCUGCUGCCCCUGCCACCCCCACCCAGGCCUGUAGCCCGCCGCAGUCGCAAGCCCCGCAAGGCCUUCCUGCAGACCAAGACUGCUCGGGCCAACCACCUGGCACCAGAGGUGCCCAGUGCACCUGCCCUCGCCCUGCCCUAUGACGAGGAUGAGCUGGCCAGCAGGGUGGGCAGCAGUGGCCUGGGGGACAGCUACAGCCCCCCUGUGGGCUCAGCUUCACCUGCUGAGGUACCACUGAGCUACGAACCUUAUGAGGGUGAGGAGGAAGAAGAGGAGCUGCCGUAUCCCACAUCCUAUGGGCUGGCGCAGGGCAGUGGACCCCCACUGUCCCCCGAGGAGCUGGGCUCUGAUGAAGACGCCAUCGACCCUGACCUGAUGGCCUAUCUCAGCUCGCUGCACCAUGAUGCCCUGACCCCUGGCCUAGACGGCCAGGACAAGCUGGUGCGCAAGCGCCGCUCGCAGAUGCCUCAGGAGUGCCCUGUGUGCCACAAGAUCAUCCACGGGGCGGGCAAGCUGCCCCGUCACAUGAGGACACACACCGGAGAAAAACCCUUUGCCUGUGAGGUUUGCGGUGUGCGCUUCACCAGGAAUGACAAGCUGAAGAUCCACAUGCGGAAGCACACGGGAGAGCGCCCCUACUCCUGCCCGCACUGCCCAGCCCGCUUCCUGCACAGCUACGACCUCAAGAACCACAUGCACCUGCACACGGGAGACCGGCCCUAUGAGUGCCACCUGUGCCACAAGGCCUUCGCCAAGGAGGACCACCUGCAGCGCCACCUCAAGGGCCAGAACUGCCUGGAAGUGCGCACUCGGCGCCGUCGCAAGGAUGACGCACCACCGCACUACCCGCCCCCAGCGGCUGCUGCGCCACCCACAGCAGGCCUCGACCUUUCCAAUGGUCACCUGGACACCUUCCGCCUCUCCCUGGCUCGAUUCUGGGAGCAGUCGGCCCCUCCUGGGGCCCCGGUGUCCACCGGGGGUCCCCCAGAUGACGACGACGAGGAGGGGACCCCCAGCACACCUCAGGCUGAAGGUGCCAUGGAGUCCUCUUAAGGGAAGGGGGGAAGCCGGGCUGAAGCGCAAGACAGGGACCCCCAUGCCAAGCAGUGGGAGUGCAAGGGAUACCGGCAGGGCUGGGCUGGGGGUGCUGAGCUGCCCAGUCUCAGAAACCAGUCCCUCCCCAUACACCCCCUCAGCCUUCAUUGCAGUUCCAAGCUGAAAAGAUUUGGGGGCGCAGGCUUCCCAGAUUGGGGCGACCGCCCAAGGAGUGAUACAUAUAUUAUGUAUAUAUAUUACAGCUCUGUGUAAAGGUGGGGUUCCAGUCCUCAGCUGCUCCUGGGGAGUAGAAGCAAUAAUGUUCUGAUUUCUGGGGUCUCUCUUCGGCUUAUGCGGGUUUCUAAGGGGGUAGAGGGGGGCUUGGGACCAAAGCCUUGCUCCGCCUCUAUGCCCCCUGGGGUUUGGGCUACGUCAGGGGGUGAAGGCCUGCCCCUCCCUUCCGAGACCCCCCUCCUUCUCCCCCUUCCUGGUUUCAGUUCCCUUUUCCUGGCCGUGACUUAUGCAAAAAAGGGGGGCGGUGAAGGAAGGGUAGGUUGGGGAGCCAGGUGGGAGCCGGUAGGAGCGGGGACUGGACCUGUAAGGAAGGAGCCAUCCAGUCCCCUCCGCCCUGCUUCCAGCGGGGCGCUGAGUCACGGGGUCCCAGAGCUGGGGGGGGGGUGGGGGUGGCCUGAUUGGCGCGCCCGCCCCUGGGGGCAGCGGGGCCCGCCCAGCAGGGGAGCCGGCCCGCCUCUGCUCGCACCCGCCCAGAGUCCCCGGGCAGGGAAUGUCUUGUUCCCGCCGCUCCCCGCCCGGGGCCAGAGGGCAGGGCGGGCCGGCGUCCUACCCUCUCCUCCUCCCCGCCCAGGUGCGAGCCGCCGCCACCACGGCCCCUGACUCACGCCGCCCCCGGCUGGCGCUGAGUUGGGUGUGGGACCGGGGAGGCGGGGUGGGGGGUGGGGGGUGGUGGUGGUUGGGGGGUUUGGCAGGCGCCCCCUAGCGGCCAGCUCUCCCCACGCCCGACUUGGCGCUGGGUCGUCUGAUCUCCCCACCACCUUCCCACUCUUCUGCCCUUAGAGUUGAAUCCACCCUGGUUCUGUACAUAGCCUCAUCUGUUGGUCUUGUCAAAAUCUAGUCCGAUUUUUAACUACCCGAUUCUGUUGGGGGUGAAAGGGAUUCUCCUUUCACCCCCUUACUCGCUGGGUGCUGGACUCCCCACGCUAUGCGGCCUGGGCUUUGCCUUGCACUAUAUCCCCUCCCUGGCCUGGCGGCCCCUCCCUAAAAGGCGAAGGUUCAGGGGGGCCGGGUGCUCCCCUUCCAAGCAUCCCAUGCCCAUUUGCACAGCUGCCCAGGUACCCCCAAUAGUGGGGUGGGGGGGUCACAGGGAGGGGUAGCGGGACCAGUCCCUGUAUCUAUUUAAAAAGUGAUGAUGUGUAAUAUAUUGGGGUAGGAGGAGGCCAAGGUCUCCUUGGGCCUCAUCUUAGCAUUUCAGGUGAUGGGGGAGCCCAGAGCUGGGGAGUCCUGGGGCCUAGCCCAGGGAGUGAGGACAAUGUGGCCUCCCCCCUACCCCCUUGUGGCUUCUCUACUCAGUGCCUUAGGGGGGGAGGCCAUCCCCCUCACCUCUUCCCCUUUCCUUGUCUGCCCCCCCACCUUGGUGUAAGCGACAGGAAGAAAUAAUAAUAAUUUAAGAUUCA